AGCACCUUGCGUGGUCCUGAUAAACCUCGUGAUCUCAUGCGACCUUACUUUGAUCAGCAGCUUCGUCGUGAUCGUGUUGGGCAGCCUUGGGGAUGCUGGCAUGAUUCGCUUCGGCAGCCGCAAGAAGCAUACCCUGGGCUUGUUCUUGGUUCCCAUGGAUGGGAAUCGCUUGCGAAUGAUUCUGGACACUCGCUUGAUCAAUCAAGAGUUUCGCGAGCCAGACACCGUCAACCUGCCUAGUGCGGGAUGCUGGCGCAGCCUUCGAGUCCACCCAGCCGAGAAGUUGCACCUCGCCCAGGUGGACAUUGAGGCGGCCUUCUAUCGCAUCCAGCCCGACAUCGAGCUCUCGGGGCUAGAGGGCAAGGUCUUGGCGCCUCGCCUGCUGGUGCUGCCGAUGGGGUGGAACUGGAGCUUGUUCUUCUGCCAGUCGCUUGUGGAGAGCCACGUGCUGCAGGCAGGUUUUGACAUGGACAGGCAGGUCGCCGACGGCAGGGUCAUCCCCGACGUGUCUCACGACGCGGCCGCCACGACCUACGUGGACGGGGUCGCCGUGCUCGGGAGCUGCCACGCCGCUGUCAUGGACGGGGCCAGGCGCGUCGAGAAGGAACUUUUGAGCGACCACCUGCUUUGCAAGGGGAUCGAAGCCCCUCGAGCGUCUCAGAAAUUCACAGGUCUCACCUUCGAUCAGGAGUCGGCCGCCGUCAGCCUCAGCCCAGCCCGCCUAUGGAGGCUACGCCUGGGUUUGCGCGGGUUGGCCGAUCGUGGCUCCUGCGCCGGAGAUGAUAUGCUACAAGUCCUGAGGCACUUCGCCUGGGCAGCCCUCUUGAGGCGAGGCCUGCUGUCCAUCUUCACUAUGAGCUACAAGUUCGCCGACUGGGCGGGCCCUCGACACCGUCGGCUCUGGAAGGGCGUCAUCACCGAGCUGCGUGCGGCCUCGGCGCUCAUCGCCUUUGCCUUCUAUGAUGCGAAGCGGGUCGUCGAUCCCAGGGUCCUGGUCUCCGACGCCUCCACGGGCGAGGGCGCUGAGCAUGCUUCAGGCUUCGGCGGCUACGGCGUCGCGGAGAAGCUCUGGGACACCGAGAAUGUCUGGGCCGCCAUCGCUCGUACCGAGCGCUGGAGGUACGCCACCGAUGGGGGCCGUGCAGAAUGCGCCUUUUGCGGUUCCCGAAUUCUGAUCUUGUGUGAUAGCAUGAGCGUAACCUUGGGACUGGAGAAGGGUCGAUCAUCCUCGCACCUCAUCAAUCAGACCGUCCGUGAAAUUACCGCUCUCUCCAUCUUUUUCAACGUGGCCGUCUCGGUUCGCUGGGUCGCUUCAGAGCACAAUGCUGCGGGCAAGCUGUCCCGCGCCAUCGGCCGACCCCCCCGAGACCCGCAGCUUGACCCCCGCCAUGCUCGCGCGGGCGGCGACGCCGAGCUGCAGCAGCUCGCCGAGCAGGCCUGGGAGCGGGAGCUUGAGGAGGCCGCGUUCGCUCGGGCCGCUGGGCGCGGAGGUAUCGGCCUCGGCCCCGAGCACGGGGGCGCCGACCAAGUGCCUGAGGGCGACUGGGCUGCGGCCCACUCGGGCCCUGCCGCGGCCUGCGACAGCUACGACGCCUCCAUGGGCGCCUUGAAUGGGCUCACCUUCCUGCAGAGGUACAAGGUGCAGGAGCACGUGCAGCGGGUGUUCGACAGCGGGUUCGACGCGCUGGUGCAGUGGAGCGGGCGAGACCACGUCCUCCGCUUUGCGACGCCUGCGCUGGACAUGCUCAUGGCGCAGUACCUGGACCACCUGUACUGGAGCGGGUGCCCGAGCGCCAAGGUCAGCCGCGUGCUGGCAGCCCAUCCACCACUGGCGGCCUGCCUUGGGGAAGGCGGCUUCAGGGGGCCUCCUGGCCUCGAGGGCUGCGCUGGCGGGGCUCCGCCGCCACAGCCGUUCGGUCUCGAGGCUACCGCUGGCGAGGCCGUGGGUGCUGGGAAUGCUCGGUGUCAGCCUGCUCGAGGGGGGCACCGAGUUCGCCUCGCCCUGCUGGUGGCGUGGGGCGGGCUCCUCAGGCUGCCAGGGGACCUGGCCUCCAUGACCAAGGACUGGGUCGUGGGGCCUGGGGGCGGGCCGACUGCUCGUUGGGCUCUGUUGCUGUGCCCCGAGGGCGAGCAGCGGCGCAGCAAGACCCACGGGUGCGACGAGGGUGUGCUGCUGCUCGACCAGGUUUGGAGCCGCGAGGGCGGCCAGGCGCUCAGGCAGCUGCUGGCCAGGCGACGCCCAGGACAGCCGCUGUGGAGCUUCGGCCGCGGCGAGUUCGGCCGCGCCUUCGCGUGGAGGCUGCGCCUGCUGCCAGGCGCGCCCGAGGCC